AUGUUUCGCGCUCAACAAAAUGCCUUCGACGAGGUCGUUGCCAAGGCGACCGACGAGAACCUCACUUCGGAGAAUUGGGAAUAUAUUAUGGAUGUUUGCGACAAGGUAUCCGGAGAAGACAGCGGUGCCAAAGAUGCCGUGGCAAGCAUGAUAAAGAGGUUGGCGCAUCGAAACGCCAACGUUCAAUUAUAUACUUUAGAGCUCGCCAACGCUUUAAGUCAAAAUUGCGGAGCGAAGAUGCACAGAGAGUUGGCUUCAAGGGCGUUUACUGAUGCACUAUUAAGACUGGCAAACGAUAGAAACACGCAUCAACAAGUGAAAGGGAAGAUCCUUGAGCGAAUGGCAGAGUGGGCAGAAAUGUUCAAAGACCCUGAUUUAGGAAUUAUGAAUGAUCAAUACCAUCGACUGAAGAGCCAGAAUCCUAACUUGCACCCACCAUCCGCGCCAUCAAAGAGUCGACUUACAGAUUUGGAUCGUCAGAAGGAAGAAGAAGAAUUACAAAUGGCAUUAAAAUUAUCUAUCCAGGAUAAAAGUAGUCAACCAAAACCUUCCCAACCAUCCAGUUCAUCCGCAGACCCGGCUCAAUCGCAACAAGAUGCACAGCCACAACAAGUACCAUCUGGGACAACGGCCGCUACUGUCUCUCGAGUUAGAGCACUUCACAAUUUCCAACCCACAGAUGCGGAUGAAUUACAAUUUAGAAAGGGCGAUAUCAUUACAGUUAUAGGAUCAGUAUAUAAAGAUUGGUGGAGGGGCUCCCUGAGAGGGAAGACUGGUAUUUUCCCGCUGAAUUAUGUUGAAAAGUUGGUGGAUCCCACACCGGAAGAACUACAACGGGAAGCGCAAAUGGAGGCCGAGGUUUUUGCAGAGAUUAAGAAUGUGGAGAAGUUACUUACAUUAUUGAGUACUUCAACAUCUCAAUUAGAUGCUCGUGAUAAUGAGGAAAUCACAAAACUUUACCAUUCUACUCUCGCAAUUAGGCCAAAACUUAUUGAGCUAAUCGGAAAAUACUCCCAGAAAAAAGAUGAUUUUACACAAUUGAAUGAGAGAUUCAUUAAAUCAUGUCGCGACUACGAGAAUUUGCUAGAUGCCUCUAUGACCCAGGCACAAUCUUAUCACUAUGGUCGACCUGGGCAUGCACCACAAGGUCCACAAGGUUAUGGAUAUCCUCCUCAGGCAGCAAGACCACAACAGGAACCACAGAGAUAUUAUACACCAUCUCAACAACAAGAGCCACCAUACCAACAACCAACUUCACCUAGUGGUUAUGCUCCUCCACGAAAUGGACCGGCACCUUUUUAUGUUGUUGCUCCAGGUCAGCAGCAACCCCUACAAGCCGAUGGUCGUCAACCAUAUCCAGGUCAACAGCCUCAACAAUCAGAGAGUCAACAGCCAUAUCCCCAAAGAGAUCCUACUCCUCGGAUUCCAUCAGGCUCACAACCUCCGCCACUUCAAACCAAUAGUCCUUCUCCAACUCAAUACCCAACACAACAACCACAAACAGGUCAUCGCCCACAAAGCACAUAUUCUAAUCCACAAGAACUAGCAACAUCUGUCUACGAUUCUCCAGUUCAACAACAAAAUCCUCAUCAAUACACUACAUACACUGAAACUGACCCUUACGCGGCCACUCCCGCAACAACCCAACCCCCACAACAAUAUAAUGCAUACAAACCACCUCAACAACCAUCUCAACCUUCUCAACCUGCAUAUGAACCCCCGGCUCCUCCAAAUGAAAUCCCUAGUCCAGUUCAAAGUUCACCGUAUCCAGGUUUAGGUGAUGCAAGAACGACAUUACCUAGCCAAGGACAAUAUAAGGCUUAUCAGAGACCUGAUAGUAGUGAUAGUAAUCAGGGGAUGAGUGGUCAAGGAUUAAAUAAUGCUCCAAGUGCACCUCCUACUGGUGCAUCAAAUCCUGCGGAUUUUUAUAGACAGAAUACUGCAUAUUAG